AUGUCCAUCAACACCAUGUACAUUGCCUUCUACAUCGCAUUGCUGUUGGCGGUGCUGCAAGUCAGUGCAGCUCCCGCUGUUAUCGGGGUCGGUGUUAGCGACCUCCGGGCGCGCACGCCUGAGGACACCGAAGCAUUGACACCACCGGAUACGGCGGAUUGGUUCCUCGCCGCGACGGGCGAGUAG